AAAUGACCCUCCCUUCCCAGGCACAGUUUGUUAAUUGUCUGUGUGUUACCAGGUGAAAAGACUCAUUAGAAUAUCUAAAUGUCUAGAAUGGCUCGGUUACAGAAUUUAAACAGAAAACAGGGAAGAGAAAUAGAAAGAUCCUCGAAUCAAGCGCGUAAUUUUAAACCCUACCUUCUUGUAGGGAUCACAGCAAUUGUGUGCUAUUUAAACUCCUUGUUUGGCGCGUUUGUUUACGAUGACUACGAAGUUAUUGAGACGAAUGCGGACAUCAGACCUACAUCUCCAAUUUCUAAGUUAUUUUCAAACGACUUUUGGGGCCUUCCGCUGAAAAGGAAUGACUCACACAAAUCGUAUCGUCCAUUAACUGUUCUAACAUUUCGCUGGAACUUUUUUAUCGGAGGCCUUAAUCCAGUAGGUUAUCAUGUAGUUAAUGUAUUUCUACACUCCUUGGUGUCCAUGCUAUUUCUUCACGUAUGCACAAGGAUUUUUAAUGGCCAUGUUCGUUCACAAACCAAUUCAUUAUCUCUUUUAUGUGGAUUAUUUUUCGCUACUCAUCCAAUUCACACAGAGGCUGUAACGAAUGUUGUUGGACGCGCCGAUAUUCUUUGUGGAUUAUUUUAUCUCCUGGCUUUGCUGUCGUACUUAAACUGUUUCCCCGAGGGAACGGCAAAGGACAGCAGCAAAAGGCCGACAAAGUAUUCAAAGUUUUGGCUAGUUUCCUCUAUCUUCUGGUGCGUGUUAUCGCUCUUCAGUAAAGAAAACGGUAUUACAAUUCUCGGAGUUUGUGUUGUGUACGACUUCGUCUUUGUCUGCAAGUUCGGCGGAGAACAUUUGUUCAGACCAUCAUUGUAUUGGCCUACGGUGCACUCCAGACAGUUGCCAAAGUGGGCUGUACGCUUGGUUGAAAGAAUUUCCAUCUUGGUCGCUGUAGCUGUAAUUCUUCUCUACUUCAGGAUCGUGAUAAUUUCUGGAGGUUUUGCGAGUUCUUUUACCGAGUCUGACAAUCCAACCUUAUUUCACCGAGACAUAUGGACGCGUUUCAGAACGUAUUCUUAUUUGUGCGCAUUGAACGCGCGCUUGCUUCUGUGUCCGAACAUUCUGUGCUAUGAUUGGUCCAUGGACAGCAUAUCCCGGAUUGAGUCGUCGUGGGACAUGCGCAAUCUGGAAACGCUUGCGUUUAGUGUGAUCAUAGUGUGGUUGUGUUGUUACGGUCUGAAAUCCUCGAACACAUCCUCGUCAUCACCUGAAGAGCCUAAAAAGUCUACGCCGAGCUCCUCGAAUUCUUUAGCUUUAGAUUCUAACGAAAAUAAUGUGUACGAGCGAAAGGAAUUGAAACUGAAAGAACGACAACAUUUUGAAGGGAAAACGUUAAAGGAUGACUUUGAUUCUCUACACAGAAGACGUGUUGUGUUGUUUUCAUUAGCUAUGAUGACCAUACCAUUUCUACCAGCUUCCAACCUCCUUCUCCCGGUGGGAUUUGUUGUCGCGGAACGAAUUCUUUACAUUCCAAGUAUGGGCCUCUGCAUUCUCGUUCCAUUUGGAAUUUCAAUCUUGUUUCAAGAUUCAACGCGUGAGGAAUCCUUAAAACAGGAGGAAUCUGACGAAAAUUUCACGCAAGAAACGUCCUCUAUUGACUGGUGUUUUGGUCUAAGUAUAGCCGGCAUGAUAUUUGUUUACAGUCUUCUGUUGCUGUUUGCUUUCAAAACCGUACACCGCAAUUCAGAGUGGCAAAACAAAGAGACUUUGGCAAGAUCGGGGCUUAAAGUGAAUCCCACGAACGCCAAGAUUCAUGUUACUUUAGGAAAUGUUUUGGCAAGUAGGGGGCUCUUAUCUUGUGAGAACCAUUAUCGUGAGGCCUUGCGCCUGAGGCCACAUUACGUCGCAGCCUGGGAGAACCUGGGUUUAGUGCUCCUAAAUACAAAAAGAGCCCAGGAAGCCGAGAAAUGCUAUUUGAAAGCUCUUUCAAUUAAACCUAACAGUGCUGACGGCAACAUAAACCUUGCACACUUGUUGCGAGUGACGGGAAGAUUCCACGAAGCUGAUGUUCAAUAUGAGAAAGCCCUAUCUCUCAGGCCUAACCAUCCACAGCUCAAUUAUUUUCAUGGCGUCGUACUGGAAAAGCUCGGAAAACGAAAGAAAGCAGAGGAAAGGUACAUAAAAACAACAAAGCUGACACCAUCGGAUCCAGUGCCGUUUUUUACCCUUGGAAAGAUGCUUGUUGUGCCUGUCUUAAAUGGAAAAGUGAAAAAUGGAAGCGAAAAAGCAAUAAAGAAGGGAGAAGAGUACUUACAAAAAGGAGUGAAAUUAAAUCCUUCGGACUUAAAUGCCCGUCUCCUUCUUGUUCAAAUUCACCUUCUUAAGGGGGAGCUUGAUUCUGCCGAGUCCGAGGUUCGUUAUAUCCUCGCUCAUGAUGUUUACAGCACGGACGCUGAGUUUGUCCUUGGCCGGAUUCUGGAGCUUAAGGGUUCACUUAAAGAAGCCAGAUAUUAUUUUAAUCAGGUGCUCAAGAAAGACCACAGGCACAAUGGUGCCAGGGACGCUUUACAACGAUUGAAUACAAAAAGCAAAAAAAUUUAACUUGAACACCGGAAGCGAGAGAGCGCCGGAAGUCGAGCUUAUAGCAAAACACUUUUUUUUUGGCAAAGUUCAUUUAAAAGACCAUGCUAUUUUAGGGGCGGAUUCGAUUCAGCAUGGUACUAUGAAAGUAUAUGUAAAUUUGGUUAGGAAUUAUGGCGAUGUUCUUUUUUACUUGCGUCCAUUUUUCUGUAUCGUCAGAGGAUAUCCUUGCUAAAGAUAACUUCCAUUUCCACUUCUGUUCAAUCAUAUGCAAGUUUCCUUUUAACCAAACCGUACGUUAUAUUGUUGUAUUUUGCUUAUAAACCUUUACGUGGUGUAGUAAUAUAUAGAUUUAGACCAGCCUAAAAGCGUAGCUCCUGGGCCGGGUUGUUCAGAGCCCGAUUAAGCUAACCCAGGAAAAGAUACAAUUUUAAUUUGAGUUUUCCAACUUUGCGGUGAGGUUUCAUUGUUGUAUUUUGCUUAUAAAACUUUACGUAGGGUAGUAUUACGCUUACGAGGUACAAAAGUUGUUUGGUCCCCCGGCGAUUCUUAGCAUCCAAUCAGAGAGGGUUCUAAAAAAGCCCCAUGCAGUAUUUUUUUUUGCCUUAGGUGUCCUGCGGGGCACGAUGGGGAAUGAGAUGAGACAGUAUUCAGUUCAUCCUGUCACCAUGGCUACGUCACGCUACUAUAUCAUGAAAUACUGCGGCUCAGCCAAUUCUAGUGGACGGGUUUUUCGACCGAAAAACGAUUGAAGAUAUUCAUGUGUUCCAGUAACAUAGUAUUGAAAAAAGAAAGACUUCAAGUAGAAGAAAAUACUUUAAGAUUAUCUUAUAUGAGUCUAUUGUGGAAAACGUGAUCUUAUAAUAUAGUAUGUUUUAAACUGUACUAUUUGAAAAAUACAAGUAUGUAAAUAAUUAUUAUUAUCAUACAUAGGUAUGAAAUGCCGUUGAAGAUUACAUGUUCAGUGAAAUUUAAAGAGUUUUACGAGAGACAAAAUAAAGAUUUCAUAAAGUUAUUAGAGCUAAUUUAUUUCAAUAAAUUUUGUUUAAGAAAUGUCAUGUAAAGGAAAACAGAACACAACUUUAUUUAACUCAUGUUUUAUCAAAUCUUUGGUUUAGUCUGAAGUUUAUUCAUAUUGAAGUGCAAUGGAUGCCUAUUA